CUGUGACUGAUAUGGCCUACCACGCCUCCACGCCCUUUCGCUGACAAGGGUCGGCCCAAGACUGGAAAUAGUGGAUUGAGUCACUUGCAAUUGAAAGGAUUCGGGCUAUCACUCCUAUGACUCCGGAUAUAAAACCCAUCGGGCCCUACCACACCAAUACAGGUGAUUCACCACUCGCUACAGUACCUCACGUUCAGCUUUGAAUCAAAAUGACGGCCUCAACGGAGUCGCCAUCCACCGCCCCCUCGGCCCCCCUCGCCGACGAAAAAGUCGCCAUGCGCAACACCAAUGAGGCCGUCGCAACUUCCCAACUCCCCAGUCCUCCUCUCCAGGGCCGUAUCAACGCCGACAUCUUCAUCGCUCCAGCUUCCCUUGCCGAAGACGAUGCCUUCGUCCACAGUCUAACCAACCUUAUCAAUGAGAUCUAUACCGACGCCGAGCGCGGUUUCUGGUCCAUCGAUCCCUUCACCCGCACCAACCCGGCCGAAGUCCGCUCCUUCAUCACCAGUGGGACCCUAGCCAUCGCAUGGCUCCCGGGGUACUCACGGCCGCCGCGCAUUGAGUACCUGCUGGGCUGCGGCCGCGUGCAACUCCUCCCCUCUCCUUCCGAGGCCGACUCUCGCACCACUGCGCGUUUCAGCCCCGACCCGGAUACAGCAAUCGGACAGUUUGGAUGUCUGAUCUGCCGUCCUGAAUACCGGGGUUCCGGAGUGGGGAGGGACCUUCUCAAGUUCGCCGAGGACUGGACGAGGGAGAAGGGAGGGAAGAAGAUGCAGGUGGAGCUGGUGGUGGGAGACGGGUGGGAACAUGAGGAGAAGACGAAGCUGGCCGGUUGGUACGAGAGAGCUGGGUAUAAAAAUGUCAAGGAGAUGGAUUUGUCUGAGGGGAUUCCAGAACUAGGGCCGUUGUUGGCGAGGAAGGCUAGGUAUAGAGUUUACCACAAGGCUCUCUAAAGUCGAGGGGAAUGGAGCUAGGCAUGGAGUUGGGUGGAGGGACCAUGAAGCUGCCAUGAUAUGAAGGAGGGAAACGGGCGUGUGGGCUUUAUGCGACUGUACUUUUGUUCUUCACAUUCAUCAAA